AACGAGUUCUGAUCAGCUGGGAGAGCUCGUCCACUCGCCCCGUACCUCUGCUGCAGUAGGGCAUCUGCCGUUCAAGACCAAUAGACUAUACUAAUCUUUUGGCCUUGCUACUGUUCUUGAGGUGAGCCCUGUGAACGGCGAAGCCAGAAUGUUGCGAAUGGGCAAACUGCUGGGAGGCUCGACCCUUGCAAGCUUCUUCAGAAGACGAGCAUUGCAUCCACUGGGCCGUCGCUUCGUAGCCUCGGCUCCCAAAGGAAUACGCUCCUUUUCUUUUUACGGUCCAGUGCUUCAUUGUGUAGGAGAAUAUGAAGGAACAACGCGAAGAUCUACAAAUGCUGGGACAACCUGUCGAGACAACGUGGUCAUUUCAGGGACACAGGCUGCCCGACCGAUCGUCAGCGUUGCCAGGGACCACAGCGCGGGGAUGCUAAAGGUGUGCUGGGAAGGAGGCAAGGAGGAAGUGUAUCCGUACGUGUGGCUGAAGGAUAACUGCCGCUGUCCUUCUUGCUAUCAUAAGGUGUCACACUCCAGGCUCACCUUUAUAGAGGAGACUGACCUGAAAGCUGAACCCAUCAGUGUCCAGCGAUUCCAGGUAAUAGAAGGAGGGCAGCAAGUGGAGGUGGUGUGGCAGGAUGUCCAUCACAGCACGUACGGGACUGAGUGGCUGCAUUCACGCGGUUUUAGUGAGGAGAGUCGUCAGGCGCGGGACAGCCGGUAUAGGCUAGAAAGAAAGUUCUGGGGCUCUGAAUCUUUGGAUGAUUUCCCUGAAGUAUCGUUCAAAGAGGUGAUAACAGACGACGUGGCCUUGCUGGAAUGGUUGAGGCAGCUGGAGGUAUAUGGCUUUGUCAAAGUGAAAGACGCGCCAGCAGAAAUAGGUCAGGUUCGUCGCCUGGCUGAAAGAAUCGCUUUCAUAAGGAAGACACAUUACGGGGAGGAUUUCACUGUACAAGCCAAGCCGGACCCUAGCAACGUUGCUUAUCUGAAUGGGCCGCUCCAGCUCCACGCUGAUCUUCCUUACUAUGAAUACAAGCCUGGAGUGCAGUUCAUCCACUGUAUCACGCAGUACGAGGGAGUGGGAGGGGACUCUCAAAUCACGGACGCUAUUCACGUGGCUCGUCAGCUUCAAAAGGAGUGUCCAGAACACUACCGCCUCCUCACCGACACGCCAGUUGAUUGGUUUGACAUCGGCACGGACGAGACUGGCGAGUUCUACAAACUUCUGCGUCUGCCAGUAAUCUGUACAGAUAAGAAUGGUCAAAUACGUCGUAUCAAUAUGAGUCAGCCUCAGCGUGACUCCCACUUCUCUGUGCCCCCUGGCGAGGUCACUGCAUGGUAUGCUGCGAUGGUCGCCUACUAUCGCCUGCUUUCCGAUCCCAAGUACUGUCUGCAGUUUAAAAUGACCCCAGGUACCAUCAUAACCUUUGACAACCUGAGGAUCGUGCACGGCCGAACUGGUUACUUUUCAGGGCCGGGCGAGAGGCACGUGCAGGGCUGCUACUUGGACUGGGACGAGGUCAGGUCACGCAGGCGGGUGCUGGAGACUAAGAUUGAUCCUUACCGGUCAUUGUAUAAUCAAUGAUCUGUAAAAUAAAGGGAGCAAACCCAUAUUGAAAUCUGAGAAUGCAAGAGUAGGUUUAAGUGUACUUUAAAAUUUCGACGCCUUAUCACGAUUACUUGAACAUUCUCCAGCGGAAGUGUUUCGGUGGUUCUAGUGAGUAUUCAAUAAGGAUUCUACAUCAGUGGGAAAAAAAAAAAAAAAAUGACAAUCCGACAAAUGAUCUCUGUGGUCUUUCAAAAUAAUCCUCAGGAGAUCCCAGCGUGAUUCAAAAUAAAGGAUUUGCAUCUUUGCAGAAGUGAUCAACACCCGGAGACAACUAUGACGAUGGAUAUAUACACUAAGACCGGUAUUCUAAAACGCUUUACUCCCACCAUGACUAUUUUUCAAAGUCAAGAAAUGAUUAUCAGGGUUUCAAGAGUAUUUCUUCUGUUAAUGAUGUAGGAAUUCUUUUAAUCUGUCACUAGAACCAUAAAAAAAAAAAAAACUUCAAAACCCGUGUCACUUCAACUAGAGCCUUAUGAAAGUAGUUAAGGUGCAGCGUAAUUGUUUCAGAAUAAGGCCUUCAAUUAAUCCACUAUAAAAUAAGAAACUACGUGUUAUUAUACCUGAGGCUGUGCUCACUCAAUGUAUUAACAGUUAAGACACUAAAUUAGGAUUAUCUGUAAUGCAAUUAAAAAGACUAAUACUGAAAAGGACAAUGCGUAUAGUAUUAUGAUAAUAAUAAAAAUAUGGAGAACCA